AUGGAUAAGAAGCGCGGUAGUGUGGUCGCUAGCAUUCACAAGAAACUCGAUGAGAACCGGAAAGGACAAGUGGCCAUUGACGUGUGCGAUGAUGAAUGUGAUGGAGAAGGGACAAAACGAAAGCGGCACCGAAAAAGGAAGGAUAGCGCAGAACUACCGCCGAUGAUGAGAGCACCAAAACAUGUGCACGGUAGUGAUUGGAAGGAUAUGCUCUAUCUAACAAAUCUGCGUCAAAAGAAGGUGAAAUGCGGGUGCGGCAUGGCAGAGGACCAGCACCCACAAGAAACUCGAAAGCCUCUCCAACCUCAUAAGUUUUUAACUCUUCCAGGUGUGGACGACGAAACCACCAACGAGUCAGACAGCCACGAAAUCACCAAGAGUGGUGCCAGGAAAACGCAAGUACCUCGAUGGACCAUCGGAAAGAACACUGAGACCGCGCCGACAGACUCUUACGGAACAAUCGUCUUCGAGGGAUGCGCACAUCAGUCACGUGCGCAAUUUAUCCGAGCCAGUUUUGAUACAGAUCCUGCUGCCCUCAGCCAUUUGCUCCACAACGUCUGGAAUUUGCCUCCACCGAAACUCGUCAUAACUAUCCAUGGCGGACUAACAAAUUUUGAGCUGCAACCGAAGCUCGCGAGAAUCUUUCGCAAAGGAAUUCUGAAAGCUGCUCGCUCUACUGACGCUUGGAUAAUCACUUCUGGCCUAAACAGCGGAGUAGUGCCUCAUGUGGCGUCUGCCUUAGAAGGGCUAAGAUACGAAUACAGUCCGGUCGAAACAACCUGGAACUCGGUAAUCUCAGAUCUUGGUUCGACAUCCCGUUCACGCACCCGAGUUAUCGCAAUAGGCAUAGCACCAUGGGGAAUGUUGAAAAGAAGAAGCCGCUUCGUUGGGACGGGUGUUUCGGUUCACUACGCGCCGAAUCAGUUCAACAAAUCUCGCCUCGCUGAGCUAAACGAUCGACAUUCUUAUUUUGUCUUUGCGGAUAAUGGUACUGUAGGCAGAUAUGGGUCAGAAAUUAUUCUCCGUAAGCGUCUGGAGACAUAUCUAGCGCAACUUCGCUCUUGUUCUAUUCCUGUCGUAUGCGUUGUGUUAGAAGGCGGAGCAUUCACGAUCAAAGUAGUCCACGAUUACGUAACUUCCGUUCCCCGUAUUCCUGUAGUAGUGUGUGAUGGCAGUGGGCGCGCAGCAGACUUGCUGGCUUUCACUCACCACGCGAUUGGCGAUGACUGGAAACUCUCUGACUCUGUACAAAAACAGCUGACUUCUUUGGUAGAGACCGUGUUCAACUACGACGAAAAGAAUUCUAGCAGGACUGUACGGCAGCUUGUUGACUGCGCUCGCCAAAGAAACCUGGUGACCGUAUUUCGUCUUGGCGAGCAGCGGCAAGAUGUGGAUCAUGCGAUUCUGACAGCUUUGCUCAAAGGACAAAAUCUUAGUUCAUUCGAACAGCUACAGCUAGCUUUAGCCUGGAACCGAGCAGAUAUUGCUCGAUCAGAGAUUUUCAAGUUAGGGACUGAGUGGAAUACGCAAGAUCUGCAUGCUGCGAUGAUGGAAGCACUUUGUCUUGAUCGAACUGACUUCGUUCAGCUUCUACUGGAGAAUGGAGUUUCGAUGCAUCGUUUUUUGACGUAUGGAAGAUUGGAACACUUAUAUAACACGGAUAAAGGUCCACCACAUACACUUCGCUCCAAAAUGGGUGUUGCAUCCAAGAGACACAGGCUAAGGCUGACAGAAGUCGGACAUGCAAUGGAAGAUCUCAUGGGACAUGCUUAUAAGUCUAAUUAUACCAAAGAUGAUUUCAAGGCAAAGUAUUUCGUGUUUUCCAAUAGAAGACAUUUAGGAUACCAAAAACCCGAUCGUGAACGAAUACGCUCAGAAAAUCUCAAAGAAGAAAAAGAAACAGAGUAUUCGCUGCGUACAGAUCUCUUGCACACGGCAAGGAAUUCUAUCAUAUCGAUCUUUUCCGGGAGGCACCAAAAUGAUGAGGAAGAAGAAGAGUUUUCGAAUCUGGAAGAUGAAUCGCUUGAUUUCACCUUCAAGUAUCCGUACUCUGAACUUCUUAUUUGGGCCGUGCUCACAAAGCGGCAGGCUAUGGCUAUGUUGAUGUGGAAACACGGCGAGGAAGCCAUGGCUAAGUUGAGAACUACAAUUUGGUAUGGGGCAAAUUUCCUGUUUCCGACUGGUUUGGUGGCAUGUCGCCUCUACGAGUCUCUAGCAAACGAUGCAUCUCAGAAUUAUCUGGAGCUAGAAAUUUGCGAGGAGCUGAGGAAAAAUAGCGAGGAGUUUCGAGUUCUGUCGAUCGAAGAACUGCAGUAUUGCACAGAUCAGGAUAAGGAUCUCACGCUGCAGCUGCUAACUUAUGAACUCACCAAUUGGGGGAACGAAACAUGCCUUUCUUUGGCUGCUUUAAACAAUAACAGACAGUUUCUCGCUCAUCCAUGUUGUCAGCUUCUUUUAUCGGAUCUCUGGCAAGGUGGUCUUCAUAUAAGGAACAACGCCAAUCUCAAGGUGCUAGGAUCCCUUCUCAUGCCAUUCGCAAUAUUUAUGAUGGAAUAUAAGACCAAGGAAGAAAUGAUGCUGCAACCUCAUACCUUUGCAGAACACAUCGAAGACCAACUUUCCGAAAGCGAUUCAUCUCUGAGCGACGAUUCAAGUUAUAGUGACAGCAGUUCGUGUUCAAGUGACCAGGAAGCUCACCACGAGAAAACAACGAGACAGCGUGCUGGCAGCGAAAAAGAUCCUAUGCCAUUGAGCUUUCAGCAGUUAAUGCGUGACAAAUUGCGUUUUUCAAUCCGGAAAGAAUAUCUGUUCAACGGGACAGUCACGGCGUCACCUGUAGAAAGGACUAGAGCGAGAACUAUGUCGUUGUCGGCUAAAAAGAGAAGAUCGAAAAAAGAUCUCGAAACCGACGAAAGCAGUGAGGGACCCGGAGCGAGAUCUCGCCGCCGUUCUUCUAAGAAACACUCGAGCCUCUAUGUCACCCAUCCCGGAGACGAUCAAGAUGUAGAUGAAACCCUGAAAGGAAAAACUGAUGCACCCUUCAAAGAUCGGGGAUAUAUUAAGACAGCGCAACGUUCUAUCUCGUGGCGGCGAAAAAUCCGGGAAUUCUACUCAGCUCCUAUAACAACUUUUUGGUUGUGGUCAUUCACUUUCUAUAUAUUUCUUGUAGCACUUUGUUACACAUUACUGUUGAAGACUCCAAGGUAUCCUUCGUGGGUGGAGUGGUAUUUGAUCUCAUACGUUGUUGUGUGGUUAUUAGAACUAUUACGAAAGUUAGUGAUGAUAGUCAUGAUAGAUCGAAAACAGAAAAUAUGGCAGAAAAUAACUAUGUAUUUCGGAAACUACCGAAAUGGAGUGCUAUUGUUUGCAACAGUAUCCUAUGUGAUUGCAUUUUGCAUUCGAUGUGUACCAUCAUCCAGGAUGACUGGUCGGGUAUUACUGGUUAGUAACUCAGUGCUGUGGUCACUUAAACUGCUGGAUUACAUGCGGGUAUUUAGACAACUGGGACCUUAUAUCACUAUGGCUGCAGAAAUGAUUCCUCGUAUGCUUCCGAUCUUAGCAAUGCUCUUCGUGUCGCUACUAUCGUUUGGUUUGGUUCGUGAGUCUAUAACAUACCCGUAUGAGAGCUGGCACUGGUUACUUAUAAGAAAUAUCUUCUAUAAGCCCUAUUUUAUGCUUUAUGGAGAAGUAUAUGCUCCAGAAAUAGAUACGUGCGGAGAUGAGUUGUGGGAUGUACACAUCGAGGAGGGGGUGCCUAUCAAUUCACCACUACUGAACGUUACUGGCGAUGGUUGUGUGCCUGGAUAUUUUGUAGCACCUCUUUUUAUGACAGUUUUCAUGUUAAUUGCAAACGUCCUUCUGAUGAACACCAUGGUUGCUUGCUGCACCUACGUAUUCGAACACAAUGUGGAGAACACACAGGAAAUCUGGCUGUUUGAACGAUAUAGUCAUGUCAUGGAAUAUGACAGUACACCAUUCAUUCCACCUCCGUUAACCGUCUUGUAUCACUUGUACUGGCUGUUCAGAUGGAUGCGUGUACGAAACUUUUCCAGGAACAAUCUUUUAGAUGCGUCACUGAAGCUUUUUCUUACCGAAGAAGAAGUUGAAAAGAUUCACUCCUUUGAAGAAGAGUGUAUAGAGGAUAUGGAGAAGGAAAAAGAUGUUAGGAAGCAGAGUUCAAACGAUGAACGAAUUCACAGAACUGCCGAGCGAUCGGAUCAGAUAUUGAACAGAAUUAAUGUUGUGGAAAAUGUUAUGAAAGCCGAUGCAAGGAAUAUGGAUUUGCUAAUUAAAGCUAUUGAGGCCCGUCAUAAAGACGAAAUGGACGAGUUGAAGAUGAUGAAUACUCGUUUGGAACAGCUACUGAAGGCUCAUGUGGAUCUUCCAUCAUCGUCUAACGGAGGAGUGACGCCUUUUACGUUGCGUAUCAACAACAAAGAAAGCUCUAAGACAUUAGAGAGAAGAUAUCGACGCGCUCCACCCGGGAUUGGUUUCGAUCCUCCACCGCAAGUGUCUUCUACUAAACGCCGGUCAAUACCGAGGGUUACCAUAGUAGACGAACCAUCAGUGAUUCCCUCAAUCGUACUUGACCUCGUCGACAAGGAUGGCGAUUGUGAAGAGAAAAAAGGAGACGUCGAGAUAAGCUCUGAUAGCGACAAAGAGAUGAUAUCCACAGAAUCUUGCAUUCUACCAACACUAGAAGAACAUCCGCACCAUGGACAACAUCAUGAGGAGUACACGUCUAUUGCCGAUAGAAUAAGAAUAGAUAGGAGUUUGUAUUGUGAAGUUCCUCAUUUUCAUUACGAACCAGAGCCGUUCUGUACAGAGGAGGAGAGUGAAACGUCGACUCGAGAGACUAACAAGAACAGAAGAGCGAACUAA